AUGAAUUGCAUGGAAAUCAAUGAACAGUUGCAAGAUUUAGCUGGUAAAGCUGAUGUUGGUGAAAAGGCUGAUUCGCAGAUCAGACGUUUAGCCAACAUGGCUGUGUUUUUAAAUGCCAGAUUAGGAAUGGAAAUUCAGCUGGUAAAUGAGCUGCAGGCUCAAAUCACGGAAACAAAACAGCAAAAACAGCUUCAGUCAGAAGAAAUGGCUAAAUUAAAACAAGAAAAUGAACUUCUUCGAAAUGAACUUGGAAAAGCUAAUGAUGACGCUUUGGUUCAGGAAAAUAAAAAUCUUAAAAGAGAUUUGGAGAUGGUCACAGUAAAACACAAAGCUGCUGAAGCACACGCUAAGAGUCUAAAAGCAGUAUGUGAUGUCACACAGCAGAGACUACAAAGAACUGAAGAAAGUUUAGCUUCAGAGAAAGCUGCCCACAAAGAAGUGAAGAAAAAACUUGAAAAUAAAAGUUCAGAGUUGUGUCAUAUGACUGAGAAGUUUGAUAAACUUCAAAAUUAUCACGCCAGUUGUACACAUAUUCACAAAGAGCAAGUUCAAGUACUUAAAAAACGAAACUCUGAUCUGCAGAGAGCUGCACGCCUGCAAUCUGCUGGUAGUUACAUCACUCAAGGUCAUGAAGGUCAUGGUUCGGAUGAAACACUGCAUGGAGGCGGAGCUACAAGCACGCCUA